GAACUCCUUGGUCUUGAAGCACUUGGUGCAGAGCAUGCACUGGUACGGCUUCUCUUUCUGGUGCACCUUCACCAUGUGCUUCUUCAAUUUGUCGUCGUCGAUGAACGACUUGUCGCACUCGUCGCAGUGGCAGAGCUCGUCGCCAUUCCUCUCGUGGUCCUGCCUGUGCCUCAAGAACGCCACCUUCUUCCGUAUCCUUUUCUUGCAGAUGUCGCACUCGUAGAUCACCGAGCACUUGUUGCUCAUGUCCCGGUCGCUGAGGUCCGACUCCAAUUCCGGUUCCGACUCCGGUUCCGGCUUCGAUUCUUUUUCCAGUUCUCGCUCCAGCUCCCGCUCCAUCUCCUCGUCCGUUUCCGACUCCAGUCGCAGCUCCAUGUUCGACAUGGACGACUCGUCCAUCAGCGUCGACAUGGUCUCGUCCUUCAAGCGUGGCUUCGCCUUUUCCACCAGGUUCUCUUCGACUUCUUCCACUAAGUUUUCUUCAACUUCUUCCACCAAGUUUUCUUCAACUUCUUCGACCAGGUUUUCUUCAACUUCUUCGACCAGGUUUUCUUCGACUUCUUCGACCAAGUUUUCUUCGACCUCUUCCACCAGGUUCUCUUCGACUUCUUCCACCAGGUUCUCUUCGACCUCUUCGAUCAGGUUCGCCUCGGCCUCGUCGAUCAUGUCCGACUCGGCCUCCUCGAUCAGGUUCGACCGGGCUUCCGCGAUGAGACCCGGCUCGGCCUCUUCGACAAGCUGCGACUCGUCUAUCAGGCUCGAGUCCGUUUCCUCGAUGAACUCUAACGUCUCCGUGAUUAUCUCCUGAUGCGUAACCUCGUACUCUUCGACGCACACCUCCUCCGUUUGAUACUUGAUCAACUCCAUACCCUCGAACGUGCUAAUCGGUUCGAUUAUUUUCGUGUACUCGAUGAUCUCCUCGCACCUGAAAUCGACAAAAUUCGUGAAUGAGAGAUAACGGAACGGGCACACGUUUCACGUGGAAUUAUAAGCGGUACACGUGGUUCUUUAGGUAAGGCUGUCUUUCGUUUUGCUUUCUUCCGUUAAGAUAACGAACUCUGCUUUUAGUUCCUCUUCCGGUCUGGUGGUCUAACGUCGGGGACAUUGGAAUUCGAGACGCGUUUUACAGCGGUAAUCGGGACAUAACCUUAAACCACUCUUAGAUGUAUAAACACGUAGCGAGUAGAAUUCUUCAGAGACGCAUAUUCUGACGGAAACUCGCGGAUUGAUGUUUUAGGGAUGGGUGAAAGUAAUGGGAUCUUCUGAGAGAAAUUCAGGACGAUAAUAAUGAGAUAGUAACGAUUGGGCUCAGAAUUAGUC